AAGCAUUCGCCCCAUUCAAUCGAAACCUCCAACUGCUCAAAUCUGUGAUGAUGUUUCUGGACUAAUCCUUGUUUCCUGUUGGCCGUAGUGGGGCUUGCUGGCGCUGGCCUCUUCCGAACUGCUGAAUCAGCCGCAUCUUCCUGAGUGUAUCUACGUGGCUUGGCAGUGGUCAUGGGCCAAUCCGGCUCGUCAGCGAUUGCGAUGGUCUCGAUUGUACCUUAUUCUCGGAACCCCAUGUGAGAUAAGGAAGCCACUUCCUUUUGCCUUUCCGGAUCUAAGAUUUUCAACAUGCAUCCGAUUAGACCACCGGAACCCUCUUCGAUUCCUCAGCAAUCUCCCGCGGAAGCCAGCUCGCUCCCGCGCUCUUCCGCAGCUGCCCCGAAUCCCCCCAUGCAGCCCGCGCAGACUGCCUCCGCGCAGCAAAGCUCCCCGCAGCCGGAGCCCCCGCCGGUCCCUCCGCCGCAGCAUGAGAGCGGAAGCCCCCCGGAGGGCAGUCACGCGCCCGCCGUUCCUCGCCCCACGCGGGGGAUCUCCCCGCUCCAGCAGGCGCUGGGGCGGCGCCCGCGCGUGCUGCUGGCGGCGAGCGGCAGCGUGGCGGCGAUCAAGUUCCACAUCGUGGCGCGCGGGCUGGUGGAGUGGGCGGAGUUGCGCGCGGUGAGCACGCGGUCCGCGCUGCACUUCCUGGACCGGCCCGCGCUGCCCGUGGAGAUGCCGCUGUUCACGGACGAGGACGAGUGGCGGCGGUGGAGCCGCCUGGGCGACUCCGUGCUGCACAUCGAGCUCAGGAAGUGGGCCGACGUCAUGGUCAUCGCGCCGCUCUCUGCUAAUACCCUCGCUAAGAUGGCGAGCGGCAUCUGCGACAACCUCCUCACGUCCGUGGUGCGCGCGUGGGACUUCUCCAAGCCGCUGCUCCUCGCGCCCGCCAUGAACACGCACAUGUGGACGUCGCCAUUCACGGCGCGCCACCUGGCGAUCCUGGAAGGCCUCGGCGCGCAGCUCGUGUCGCCCGUGAGCAAGAAGCUGGCGUGCGGCGACGUGGGCACCGGCGCCAUGGCGGAGCCGGCCAGCAUAGAGGCGGCGAUCAGGGCGGUGGUGACGGCCAUGAGGGCGGAUAAACGCGUGGCGGUGGAGGCAGGCCCGUCCAAACCCUAAUGGGAGGGGGAAGGGGGGGGAAUGGGCGGGGGAGGGCUGGCUGGUGGAGGCAGUUCUGGUGUGGAGUGGUGGGGGCAAGGACUGCUGGCGUGCGGGGCCGUGGGCACGGGCGCCAUGGCGGAACCGGCGAGCAUGAGGCGGGUGUGAGGCAGGUGGUGGCGGCUCUGGGGGGGGGAUAAACGGAGGGCGCUGGAGGGCAGGGCCGUCCAAACCCUAAUGGCCGUCCAAAGCAGGCAGCGACCUCUAAAAGCGGAUGAGGCUCUGCCGAAUGGCAAAGACGCGGCAGCAAUAGGCGAGCAGUGGUUUUCAGUCCAUAUCAUGCGAGAUCAUGCCGGCCAGGGAUAAUGCCGGGGGAAUAAUAAGCGACUGGGUGGGAGGCACAAAUCUGCCGCUCCCAGUUGCACACACACACACGGAGGGGAAAGACCAUGGCUUUGUGGGAGAGGAGAGCUCUCAGAGAAGAUGCAUGCGCUGGGGCAGCCGUGGGGAGCGCUGCACGAAUAAAAGGAAGGCGGGUUGAUUCGAGAGGGAAUGCGGCAUCGACUGAGGGAAGUCUAGCUAGGCGUUUGAUCCAGCUGGCUUGAGAUCCAUAUACUGCCUGCAGGGUCCUCCUUGCUUCCCCUUCAAGGGAGCCAGCUUUGCAGGGAUUUCCCACCCUCCAUUCCCUCCUUCCUCCCACCUUCAGCUUCCUUCCCCACUUUUCCUCCCCCCCUUUCCCACACCUGCUCUUGGUGGUCAGGCUAGGCUGGUUUUCCUAGCGGAGAUGGAUGGUACCGUAUGUGCAUUUCUGGUUGCAGUUGCCCUUCAGGUGAAUGGGUUACAAGUAGUCCAUCCAUAUGUAUGAUGGACAUACAGUAUUAGCAGCAACCUUCUGCAGGGUCACUCCAACCAGAGUUGCUGCAGUUUCUCUUUUUUGGUUCUGUUACAACGGUUUUUUUACUGCUACUACCUUUUUAAUGAUGUUAUAGAUGUAGCUUGGAAAAUGGCUUUCCUUAGAUAAUAAAAAUGGCGUUGUUGC